AUGUCGAAACCUACCGUGGCUGUCAUCGGAAGUGGCUGGGCCGGCUUUGUCCUAUCGCAAGAAUUGAACGUUGAAGAGUACGACGUCAUCAUCAUCUCGCCUAUUCGAACAAUCCAAUACACACCACUGCUUGCGAGUGCAGCUUGUGGCCUUUUCGACUUCCGACUGGCUGAGGAGCCUGUCCGCCGACGUAGCAGGCCGAGUGUUCAAUACCACAAAGCAGUCGCGCAGAGCAUCGAUCUGGAGAAGCGCAUCAUCAAGUGUAAACCAUCAGUGUCGGAACUCAAAAACGAAGAAUACGAUGUCUCGUAUGACAAGAUCGUGAUUGCGCCUGGUUGUGAUAUUCAGACCUUUGGCACACCUGGCGCCCUGGAGCACGCCUUGUUCUUGAAGACGACAAAUGAUGCUCGUCUUAUUCAGCAGAGAAUGCUCGAGAUUCUGGAUGCAGCUUCCUUACCUGGCGUUACUGAGCAGCAACAACGGGAUAUUCUCACCAUCCGAGUGGUCGGUGGAGGAGCGAUCGGCAUCGAGGCUACAGCAGAAUUAUACGACCUCUGGGAUCAGGAAAUGAGGUUUCUCAAUCCUCACUUGGACGGCAAGCUGUCAAUAGUCAUUCACGAUGUCGCGCCUACGAUUUUGUCAACAUUCGACGACAAGCUUGGAGAUUACGCAACCAAGUCCCUGAAAAAGAAGAAGGUCGAGCUCAAAACCAGCUCUCACAUCGAGAAAGUAGAGCAGGACGCCAUAUACACCAAGGAAGACGGCAGAUUAUCGUAUGGGAUGCUCGUCUGGGCCACUGGUAACAAAGCGAACUCUCUACUCGAUAAUCUGGAUGUCAAAAAGACCGAGAAGGGCAUGCCUCGUAUCUUGACGGACAAACAUUUGCGUGUUUUGCGACCUGAUGGCACUCCGAUCGAGGGAACCUACGCUUUGGGUGACGCGGCAGAUAUCGAAGGUUACAGUCUUCCAACUCUGGCUGAGGCGGCCCUGCAGAAAGGCGAGUACCUCACACGUGAACUCAACAACGAGGCUAGAGGCGCUGCAGCAAAGGUGUUUGAGUACAAGCAGAAGGCAACAACGGCCUACCUGGGCAAGCAUGACGGCGUGAUCGGUGGAAAACAGGACUGGACAGGAGAAGGUGCAUGGCUGGCAUGGCGAUCGGGUAAUCUGUCGUGGACAAGGAGUUGGAGGAGGAAGAUCAUGAUCUCAAUCAGCUGGAUAUUCGUAUGGUGGGGUGGACGGGACAUCGCUAGGAGGUGA